AGUGUUAACUGGACAUGUUUUAAAGAUGUAUAUAUAACUUAACAGUGCAUGAAGUAAGGUGUAUGAUAUAGAAUCCACAGCAGCACGUACGCAUAAAGAGGGUGGAAAAAAAGAGAGAAAACAAUAUGGUCAGCUUAUCUCUGAACCUACAGACCGUGCUCGCUGGUCUUAGCAUUGGUCUUUUUGUGUAUUACGUCAUCAAGCGAAUGCGAUAUCGUCUGCCACCAGGACCAUGGUGCAUACCGCUUGUUGGCCAUUAUAAAAUUUAUUCCUCUUUGGAAAUUCACAAAAAAGUUGCCGAGCUCACAAAGGAAUACGGCCCAGUUCUAAGUAUAUCAUUUGGCCCCCAGUCCUGGAUUUUUCUGAAUAAUAAUGAUGUUGUGAUAGAAGCAUUGGUAAAAAGGAAGGCAGACUUUGCUGGAAGACCAAAAUUCCCCUCAGGAGAUGCUUUCACUGAAGGAGGUAAAGACAUAGCGUUUAGUACUUACUCACCAACUUGGAAAUUUCAUAGGAAAAUAGCAGGCAAAGCUCUCAGACAUUAUUUGCAAGGAGAUCUACUCGAAAACAUGAUACAGGACAACAUGGAAAAAUUUCUCAGUAAAAUGGCACAGGAGAAGGAACCAUUCAUUUUCAAAGAUUAUGUGGAUCUGAUGGUUUUUCAUCAACUCUACACCAUUUGUUUUGGAGAAAAGCGACCUAUAGAUGACCCAGAAGUGAAGGCAUUACUUAAAUUAGAUGAAGAUUUGAUUAAGGAGCUUGGAAGUGGUGUACUAGAAGAUGUUUUCCCAUAUCUAAAAGACAUUUACCCUACAGCUAAAUGGCAGAAAUUAAUCGAAGGUACAGAUCAGCUUUUGGGAAUUCUUCGGGCUAAAUUCAAACAACACGUGGACACUUUUGAACCAGGUGUAAACAGAGACUUUAUUGAUAGUAUGCUGUUGGCCAGACAGGAAGCUGAGAAUGAAGGAGAUGAAGCAUCACUGGAGAAGUUGGAUGAUACACAUUUGGUUCAGACUAUUUCAGAUAUAUUUUUUGCUGGUGUGGACACCACAAGAUUCACAAUGGACUGGUUUGUAUAUUUCAUGACCAGAUUUCCAGAAAUCCAGAUCAAAUGUCAGGAGGAGAUUGACAGAGUUGUUGGUUCUGGACAUCCAUCAAUGAAAGAUCGUAACAACUUGGACUAUACAGAGGCUUGCUUGUUUGAAACAAUGAGGCUUGGAAGCGUCGCAGGUCUUGGUGUCCCUCACAUGACUAUGUGUGAUUCACAAGUCGGUGGAUAUGACAUUCCCAAAGGCACCACGGUCUUCAUAAACCAUUGGGCUCUUCAUCAUGAUCCAAAGUUCUUUAAGGAACCAGAGAAAUUCGACCCAUAUCGAUAUCUUGAUGAAAAUGGGAAAAAGAAACCUGCCAGGCCAGACAGUUGGCUUCCAUUCUCUGCUGGCAACCGAGUUUGUUUAGGUGAAACAGUUGCUAAACCUGAAAUACUGCUGAUGUGUGCAAACCUGCUGCAGCGAUUUAAGAUUAGUCUCCCAGAUGGUGUGCAAGCCAAUCUUGAAUACAAGCAGCUGGGAUUUGGCACAGAGCUUCCUUCUGAGUAUAAAAUCAUUGUAAAGGAAAGAAUAGAAAAUUAGAUAAACUAUAAUGUCUCAUAGUAUUUAGUGUCGACAGUAUUUAUAGCUUUUCUACUAAUCUUAUUUUUAUAUAUGUAAUUUAUGAACACUCUGGUUACCAAUUCUUUUUUCUAUUUCUUAUAUUGUAUAUUGUAAAUUUUAUCUUUUACACACUGAUGUAAAUACUGUAACAGUUUAUAUAUUAUACCUUUCAUUUUUCUUAAAAUGAUACAUAUUUUUCUAUA